AUGAAGCUCGAUCCCAAGGCGAUCCGCUAUCUCACCUCUGAGGAUUUCCGCGUCCUCUCUGCGGUUGAAACGGGAAGCAGGAACCAUGAAGUUGUACCGACGCCUUUGAUUGCGCAGAUUUCGGGCCUCCGUGGUGGCAGUGGAGUGCAUAGAGCCAUCUCGACCCUGGCAAAGACCAAUUUGAUCGCCAAGGUGAAAAAUGCGAAAUAUGACGGUUACAGACUUACCUAUGGUGGUCUCGACUACCUGGCGCUCAACGCUCAUCAGAAAUCCAAGGCCGUUUACUCUGUCGGCAAUCAGAUCGGUGUCGGGAAGGAGUCGGAUAUCGUCGUUGUUGCAAACAACCGUGGCCACCAGCGCAUUCUCAAGAUCCACCGUCUUGGUCGCAUUUCGUUCCGAUCAGUCAAGACCAACCGAGACUAUUUGCGCCAUCGGAGCUCAGCAUCAUGGAUGUACAUGUCGCGGUUGGCUGCGAUGAAGGAAUACGCUUUCAUGAAAGCCCUGGGAGAAAACGGUUUCCCGGUGCCCGAGCCCAUCGCGCAGAAUCGACACACCAUCGUCAUGAGUCUCAUCGAUGCCUUCCCGCUCCGUCAAAUAUCUGAAGUUCCCCGCCCGGAUGUCUUGUACUCGGAACUCAUGGACAUGAUUAUGAGACUGGCGCGAUUUGGAUUGAUCCACGGUGACUUCAACGAGUUUAACCUUCUCAUCAAAGAAAUUGAAGACCCCAACGCCAAGGGCAAAGCCCCCGCAAACGAAGAGGGCGGCGAGUCGCAGAAUCUUCAACUGGUACCGAUUCUUAUCGACUUCCCCCAGAUGGUUUCGAUCGAUCACCAAAAUGCAGAGAUGUAUUUCGACCGUGAUGUGAACUGUAUCAAGCGAUUCUUCAAGCGCAAGUUGAAAUUCGUGAGCGAUGAGCCUGGUCCUUUCUUUGCGGACGCCAAGAAACAGCUUCUCAAGAACCCCGGUAAACGUCUAGAUGUGGAGGUCGAAGCAUCUGGAUUCUCGAGGAAGAUGGCACGAGAGCUGGAGGCAUAUAUGAAGGACGUUGGCGCUAAUGAGGAAGGGGAGGGCGCUUCCAAGGACGACGAAAACGACGACGAUGAAGAGGAAGAGGAAGACGAUUCGGAAGCCGAGGAAGACGACAAUGAAGCAGAUAAAGAAGAGUCAAAGAACGCACAAUCCGAUGAGGUCGAUGAGAGCGCCCGAAGGAUAGGGGAAUUGCAUGUUUCUGAGGCCUCUGGAGGGCAGUAG